AUGGUGUACUCGCACCCGCCAAUCUCAAGUGUUACACCGAGGCCAUCUAUCGUGCAGACUUGGUACCAGCGCCAAGCCUACAACGGCUACAAGAAAUACCACACCCUCAAAUUCCAGGCUGUGAUGCUCUCCAACGGCAUGUUUGGACACCUUCAUGGGCCAGAGCAUGCUGUCUGCGAGGGUACAGACAAGAACACGUGUCCCCCCAUCCGCUUUCCGCAGCUCUUUGGUGAUCUGGCUUACGGCCUUAAUUAUCACAUCAUCAGUCCAUUCGCAAAGGCCAAUUGCACGGCCGACGAGCUUCACUAG